AUGUCACAAGAGGAAGUGAAGGCCAACCUGCCGGAGGAAUUUAAAAGCUACCCAGACGCACAGGUCAUCGUUGACUGCACCGAGCUCAGGUGUCAGACACCGUUCUCUCGUCUGCUGCAGAUAAAAUACUUAAAUGAAUCAUCAAAAGUGAAAGCAUUUCCUAAAUACCAAGGCAGGGUUGAGUUUAGUGAGGGAAACUUCUCUCUGCUACUGAAGAACCUACAGGAAGGAGACAGUGGACUUUACCAUGCAGUAGUGAGUGGUGAAGAAAACACAGAUGUUGCCAAGUACCAGAUAUCAGUUCAUGAGAGAGUUGAGCCUCCGGUACUGACAGUGGACCCUGUCUCCACCAAGAGUGACCCCUGUAAUGCGAAUGUAACCUGCAGAGGUCAGAACAGCUCUGUCACCUCCAGCUGUAACAACAGCACCUGCUCUCAGGUGGGAGGAGAGAGUAGAGGGGCUGAGACCUCCACUGUCCCCCUGCUCUCUGUCUAUGUGGCAGGGGGUUCCAUCAUCUGUAACCACAGCAACCAAGUCAGCUGGGCCAACGACACCAAGGAGAUCGAAACGAUUUGUGUAUCUAAAUCUGCGGACCACAACUACGCUGUCACAGUCGUCAUCAUCUUCAUCUUCAUCAUCAUCUUCACCUUGGUUGGAUGUGCCCUUUUUUAUUGGCGAAAGCCAAAUAAAGGUGGCAAAAGGGAAAUUAAUACAGAUUAUGCUACAGUUGGGACUCCAGAUAACAGUCAAGCAGGUGGUGAAGAGCAGGUGUCUCCAGGUGAAGGUCCAGCAUCACUCACCAUCUACAGUGAGGCAGGAGACCCCCAUCUCCAGCCUGUGAACCACCCCAUGACCUUCAUCAAAUUCAGUGUUGUAACCAAAUAAUGUCUCAUAAUUUGUUUUACAGAUUCAUCUUAUGUUUUGAGAUAGUAGAUAACAGUUUAAUACUAAAAUAUAAAUGAGUAUGAAUAAUUUAC